ACAGCAGGCAACCAUUAUCCUGUGACCAUAUUCCAUUCCUUCCACUGAUAAGCCUCUUAAACAACCUGCAAAUGACACAGUCAGUUUAUCUGCAGCUGUUUCAGUGCAAUGCCAGGAUAAUUACGCUGAAAUACAAAUCACUGCUUUCCUACCGUCUAUCUUCUCCUCUAGCCGGGGGAGCACAAGCAGCCAUCAGAGACCAUGUUAGUACGUUUGGGCAAAGACGGGAAAGCACGACACAACCUGUCCUCUGCAACUCUAGAUGGUGCUGUCCUGCCGCUGUCGGGCUGGCUCGCCUCGCAGUUGCCAUGUCUUGCUGUCUCUGAUUUCCCCUUCCUUGGGUGUCAUGUGAGUCAGCUAAGCCUGAAGCUGUAGGAAGAGGAGGAACCAGACAGACAGCUGUCCUGAGAAGCUCCAGCGUCCCACUCUUCCCUCCCCAGGAAAGAGAGCCCAGAUGGGGAAGAGCUGCAAGGUGGUGGUUUGCGGCCAAGCCUCAGUUGGAAAAACAUCCAUCUUGGAGCAGCUCCUCUAUGGGAACCAUGUGGUUGGUUCCGAGAUGAUAGAAACCCAGGAGGACAUCUACGUGGGCUCGGUCGAGACGGACCGCGGGGUGCGGGAGCAGGUGCGAUUCUACGACACCCGGGGCCUGCGGGAGGGCCUGGAGCUUCCCAGGCACUGCUUCUCCUGCACGGACGGCUACGUGCUGGUCUACAGCACCGGCAGCAGGGAGUCCUUCAAGAGGGUGGAGCUGCUCAAGAAGGAAAUCGACAAGUGCAAGGAUAAGAAGGAGGUCACCAUUGUGGUUCUGGGCAACAAGUGCGACCUGCAGGAGCAGCGGCGCGUGGACCACGACGCGGCCCAGCACUGGGCCAAGGGCGAGAAGGUGAAGCUGUGGGAGGUGUCCGUGGCCGACCGCCGGACGCUGAUCGAGCCUUUCACCUACCUGGCCAGCAAGAUGACGCAGCCGCAGAGCAAGUCCGCCUUCCCGCUGAGCCGCAAGAACAAGGGCAGCGGCUCCAUGGACGGCUGAAGGCCUGGCCUCCCCUCCCCCAUGGCGCUUCCACCCUCUCCUGAGCUCUGGGGCGUUGGCACGAAGCCUGCUGAUGGGAGGGGCUGAGCUCCUGGAGUGGGGGGGGCUUGGCCGCUGGCCACAGGAGGCAGCAUGGCGAGGACCCGGUGCUCACUGGGGGCAGUGAAGAUGCCUGGCCCGUCCCUGUUGCCUGGAGAGGGAGGGCGGCCUUGGGCGGCUGGUCUGAACUCAGGAUUGGCCCAGACCGAGCCCGGGAGCCCUGCAAACAGGCAGCUGCUGGCCUGGUCUCUGCUCCCAAAGCACAGGCUAGACAUAGCUCUCGGCAAACCCACUCCUUGGCCUGGCAGGGGGCUCCAACCGCCAUCUGGCCCCUGGUAACCCUUGCCCUGAACCUGGAGGGGAGCGUAUGGCAGUCCCUAGCGCCUUCCUCCCCCUCCAGCUGUGCCGCAGAAUGCCCCGGCCUGUCCCCCGAAGCGCCUCCCUCCAGGCCGGCGCUGGAGCAGGUGCCCAGCUGGAAGGGGGCUCUGAGCUCCCCGGCUGUGGAGCCGUUCGGCUCCUGAACUAGACCCUGGAGACAGUGGAGCUGGAGCGACAGGCGACGGCGUUCAUCCUCCAGGCCGCUCCGCUCACCACCAGGCACCUGCAAACCGCCCGCUCUCUGCAGCUGGGGAGGUGGAUGGGGGCUCCAGGAUUGCUGGGCUCUGCUUCCAGAUGGCUCUUAGCCCCAUGCAUGCUGCACUCGCCUCCCUGGGGGCUGCGUAGAUCGUGGGAAGCAAGGAACUGCCCUGGGUCCCUGCAGAACCUUCACUGUCCCCUGCCCCCCAGCUCUUUAACUGCCUGAGCAGCCGGGAAAUGCACCUGGCCCCUCUGCAGCUGCAGAAUCGGGGCGCAUGGGGGAGGCCAGGCUGAGCAGAGCUUGGGGUUAGGUUCAUUAAGCUCAUCAGUGUCCAGGCAUGUCUGCCCUGAUCUGCGCCCUCUGAUCCCCGGCUGAAGGCCAGGCCAAGCCACGGUGUCGGGGUCGUGCCGCUGCCUCUGAUUCCCCUGUGGCCGGAGCUGAAGCCCCCCAGCAUGAGGAGCUCCCUGCAGAAGCCUGGGUGGGGGCAGCCAUUUGCAUCGCUCGUUAGGCAGGUGCAGCUCAGCUCAUUGCUGAGGAGCCGCUGCCCCCCCCCCCCCCCCGAGACACGUUUCCGACCUGCAGCUCUUUGGCAGAACUGGCGGGGGAGGGGAAGGGCUGCAGAGGUGCCUCAGCAGGCCAUUAAGAUGGUCAGUUGGCCAAGAACCAAGGGGUUAGUUUUAGAUGGUCCCUGAGCGUCUCCUUGGCCGGGAAUUUGGGACGGGAGGGAAUGUGCUUUGGCUGCUGGAGGGGGAUGGGACACACGCCCUGCUGCCAGGAAGUGAGGCUGGUGGGUUUUUAAUUAUUGCAUGUAUGUAAUGUCAUGUCAGAGGCAUGUAGAGCCGCUUCCUCCUGGUCAGCAAUCGCCGUCAAUAAACUCAGCUGCUCUCGGA